AUGGACUCGCAGCAGUGGACCGCCUACUCGACCGAAGCGCCACCCGCAGCUCGCCCGCGGUACAGCAUGGCCUCGCCCCAGCACGCCGGCGCUCCACAGCAGAGAGACGCCAGCGUGCCCGCCCAGCAGCAGCCGCACGUGAAGCAGGAAAUAAAACAGGAGCCCUACACCGCGUCCCAGCCGCCCUCGCGCCAGAACUCGACCGGCCUGCACCCGCCCAGCGGCACCACCAGCCGCGGCCCGGACUACAACGACGCAGACGGCGAUGUAGCCAUGGACGACGCGGAUCCCUACAAGCCCAAGUACAACAACAACAUGGCGCGCCCCAACCACCAGCACCGCCACUCGCAGCAGUUCCUGCAGCACGAGGAGAGCGCCGCCGCGCGCAGAUACUCGCCCAUGAACCUCUCGCCCACGUCGCCGUACCAGGGCACCACGCAGCAGGGCGGCCAGAACUACACCAGCUUCACUCCCCAGGCCCAGGCCCAGUCGCAGCCCCAUAGCAACAGGCAGAGCCCAACACGCAACAAUCCUUACAUGUCGCCGCCCAACAACUACUUUUCCUCUCCCCCAGCAUCCCGCCCGCAUGCGCCACAACUGCCACCCAUACAGUCCAACAUGAGUCCCGAGAGCUUCUACCCGCAGAGCGCGACGGCGCAAUUGAACGCCGUAUAUAACAGGGAGGCUCGCUCGCCGCGAACGUCCACGAACCCGAAUCCUCCCCAGCAGCUACCACCCGGCGGAGGGCCAGUGCCCAAGUUCCAGCCCGUCAAGAACACUGCCGAACUGCAGCCCAAGAUCAAUGCACAGCCUCCCUUUCGCCGCGCUAAUCCCGAGGGAGGAUUCAUCAGUCCUCUCCAAGCUCUGACGGCUCAUCUGCCCAUGACAUACAAGCUGUGCAACGCCCAGUUCAAUUACCAAUCAUCGCGGAACCCUCGUCGAGUCCUCACGAAGCCGAGCAAGGGAGUCAAGAACGACGGAUACGACAACGAGGACAGCGAUUACAUCCUCUAUGUCAACGAUAUCCUCGGCUCGGAAGAAUCUGGGCACAAGAACAGGUACCUGAUCCUCGAUGUACUGGGCCAGGGUACCUUCGGACAGGUCGUGAAAUGCCAGAACUUGAAGACGCAGGAGGUGGUUGCGGUCAAGGUCAUCAAGAACCGUACAGCGUAUUUCAACCAGAGUAUGAUGGAGGUUUCAGUGCUGGACCUGCUCAACAAGCAGAUGGACAAGAACGACGAUCACCACUUGCUGCGCCUUAAAGACACCUUCAUCCACAGGCAGCAUUUGUGCCUGGUGUUCGAGCUCCUCAGUGUCAACUUGUAUGAGUUGAUCAAGCAAAACCAGUUCCGCGGACUGUCUACAACCCUGGUGCGCGUGUUCGCACAGCAGUUGAUCAACGGUCUGGCAUUGCUCGGAAAGGCGAAGCUCAUACAUUGCGAUUUGAAGCCUGAGAAUAUUCUGCUGAAGAACCUCGAGAGCCCUAUUAUCAAAAUCAUCGAUUUUGGUUCCGCAUGUGACGAACGACAAACGGUUUACACGUACAUCCAGUCGCGAUUCUACCGAUCUCCCGAGGUUCUGCUGGGUCUGCCAUACUCUGCGGCAAUUGAUAUGUGGUCACUGGGGUGCAUCGUGGUCGAGCUGUUCCUCGGACUUCCCCUGUUUCCCGGGUCAUCCGAGUACAACCAGGUCUCAAGGAUAACGGAGAUGCUUGGGCUCGCUCCGCAUUGGAUGUUAGAAAUGGGCAAACAGUCAGGCGAGUUUUUCGAGAAGUCGCAAGACGAGUACGGCCGCAAGACGUACCGGUUGAAGUCCAUGGAGCAGUACUCGAGAGAGCACAACUCCAAGGAACAGCCCAGCAAGAAGUAUUUCUCGGCAACAACCCUGCCAGACAUCAUCAAGAACUACCCCAUGCCGCGGAAGAAUAUGAAGCAGCAUGAGAUCGAGCGAGGUAUGUGGUGGAUGGUUGCACUUGCCGCUUUCAUCGAUUUCGCGCAGGGGUUACUUAACCUCAACCCUCUGGAGCGAUGGACGCCAGCCCAAGCCAAGCUGCACCCUUUCAUCACGCAGGCCAAAUUCACCGGUCCUUUUGUACCGCCUAUGACACUGAAGUCGGGCUCUAGUCGAUCGCCAGCACCGGGUGUGCAAGAGCAACAACGAUAUGAGGGCAUGAGCAGACAGCGCCAACAGCAACAACAACAGCAGGUUGCAGCUCAACAGGCGCAAGCGGCACAGCACGCAGCAUAUGCUAACAUGCAGAUGAAUCAAUACGCGCAGCCGAGUCCGCACGUUCAGCCCCAGAUGUACAACAACGCGUACACCCCGAACCAAGGGGGCAACCCACCGCCGUACCCAGCUCAAGCCGCGGCGCCUUACGGACAACAGAUGGGCAUAAUGCAGCCGCAGCAGCCACGGCAGUACAAUCAGCCGCAGAACCUGUACGCACAGGCAACCACUCGGGCUGGGCGACAACGAGCAACGACAAUGGAUCAGCAACAGGGUCCCACAGGUAUCCCGCCGGCGUUGCAAAGAGUCAUCAGCCAUCUCGAUCCCAACGCACCCAUUCGGUUACAGCCUUCGCCGGCAUACUACCCGCCACCUCCUGAUGGCGCACCUGAAAGUGCAAGCUCGCGAAGACGGGGAUCGCGUGCAAACAAUUCCAACUCCACUGCGGCAAGAAACCAGAACUUUGUGCGCAAUUUAGAAGACCGAUCCCUCGAGGAAGGCUUCAUGACGCAGAACCAUUGGCAAUGA